UGCAGAUGUACCUGAUGAAGUGGCCUGAAGGACGGGGCCACCGGAAUAGGUCCUGGUCAGAUCCUUCAGCAUCGCCGAUUUAGCCUUCCUGCACAUCAUUCUCACUCCCAUCUGCGACUCAGGGUCCUAAAACCUGACCUAUGCCACCGGCCCAGGCUGUGUCGGUCGGUUCGCCCAUACGGUAUGCAGCCGGUCGGGACGCGUUCCGUACCCUGUAACGUACGGACAUUACCGGAAGCCGCCCGUACCUUACAAGGCCCGAGCAAACAGGUGUCAACCGUCUUAUCAUCUGGCGGGAUCGGCCUCCGAUAACCUGGCUGAUUGGCAUCGUGCCUCCGCAAUCCUUCCACUUGGCUUGACUCAUGCUUUAUUUUAUCUUGCUAUCUCCUUGUGCGGACACCUCUUCUUGAGUAUGCUAAUGUAACCGGUGACUCCUAUUAUACAUCCCAGCAAGAGCUAGAUUCUUCAUUGCAGCACUCAAAGAUGGCUACCAACCGCAUUGUGAUUCUGGGGGCCGGUGUGUCUGGUCUCACCACCGCAUAUCUUCUGUCUAAAGAUGCCUCCAACAGCAUUACUGUCCUCGCCAAACACAUGCCCGGUGAUUAUGACAUCGAGUAUGCUUCUCCAUGGGCUGGAGCAAACUAUCUCCCGUAUGUCCUCCAAGGUGUUGGCAAGGCUGGGAGCGACCACGAGAGAUGGGAACGAAACACUUGGCCCGCCCUGAGAGAGCUGACGAAGAACUGUCCUGAAGCGGGCAUCCAUUUCCAAGAGACCAUUGUGUAUAACCGUACAAAGGAUCAGGGAUCAGCAACCGGCGAAUGGUUCUCCGAAUUGGUACAGAAGGACCCAUGGUAUAUGGAUGUUGUUCCUGACUUCCAAGAUAUCCCGGCCGAUCAACUAGCCCCCGGGAUCGACAACGCAUCCAAGUUCACAUCAGUGUGUAUCAACACCGCAGUCUACCUUCCCUGGCUGGUCGGGCAAUGCCGGAAAAACGGCGUCGUCUUCAAACGAGCUGUGCUCAAGCACGUAGCUGACGCAGCCCACGGCCACCACACCGGUCAAAAGGCCGAUGUGGUAGUCAACUGCACUGGACUUUCGUCCAAGAAGUUGGGCGGCGUGCGUGAUGACAAGCUUUACCCUGCACGCGGCCAGAUCGUCGUCGUGCGCAAUGACCCAGGUAAAAUGGUAUCCAUCUCCGGCACUGAUGACGGAGAGGAUGAGGUCGUCUACAUGAUGACUCGGGCAGCAGGUGGUGGCACCGUCAUUGGAGGCUCGUAUCAGAAGAAUCAGUGGGAUCCGUUGCCCGAUCCCAACCUGGCCACCCGCAUCAUGAAACGAGCAGUAGCACUAUGCCCGGAGCUGGUGGAGAAGGGCCAGGGCAUCGAGGGUCUGGAUAUCAUUAGACAUGGUGUUGGACUCCGUCCGCUUCGCGAGGGCGGACCACGAGUUGAAGCCGAGAAGAUCGACGGCGUGUCCGUCGUGCAUAAUUAUGGUCAUGGAGGAUUUGGAUACCAGGCUUCGUUUGGCUGUGCGGGAGAUGCGGUGAAAUUGGUUCAGGAAGCCCUGCGUCAGAAGGAUAAAGCGAAGUUGUAGACUUGCUUGCAUGAGUAUGAGUUGACGAGAAAAAUAAAAUAAAAUAAACCCAAG